ACAUUGACAGUCACUUUCACUCAAUUAAGUUGACCCAAAACAAUCAACAAAAAGAAUCAUGCUAAGAACUCUUCUCCUCCGCACCCCACCUUCGAUUUCUCAUUUGCAACAGCCAAGUAGAUCGCCGAUCACCAGCACCGGACAACAACCACCCUCAAUUUCUUUGCGGAAUUACCAUCUUGCCCACCCUUCUCUCCGUUGUUUUGCUCACGAGCGAGUAGAAACUGAGUCACAGCAGCCGCGGCAGCAGAAUAAAGAAGAAAUGGCUUCUCAAGAAGAGAAAGAUAAUCGCAUUGAGAGAAUCUCUGCUUCAAUUAGAAUCAUCCCUGACUUUCCUAAACCAGGGAUUUUAUUUCAGGAUAUAACAACUUUGCUGCUAGAUACAAAGGCGUUUAAGGAUACAAUUGAUCUGUUUGUUGAGAGGUACAAAGACAAAGACAUCUCUGUUGUUGCAGGUGUGGAAGCAAGAGGUUUUAUAUUUGGCCCUCCUAUUGCAUUGGCUAUUGGGGCAAAGUUUGUCCCCAUGAGGAAACCUAAUAAGCUGCCUGGGGCGGUUAUUUCGGAGGAAUACUCAUUGGAAUAUGGAACAGACAAAAUUGAAAUGCAUGUUGGUGCUGUACAAGCAGGAGAGCGUGCGUUGGUUAUAGAUGAUCUCAUUGCGACUGGUGGCACUUUAUGUGCUGCAAUCAGACUUCUCGAGCGUGUUGGGGUACAUAUUGUGGAAUGCGCUUGUGUCAUUGAAUUACCAGAAUUGAAGGGUCGGGACAGGUUAGGGCAAACACCACUGUUUGUUCUCGUAAGCAACUCUGCUUGAUUUUGAUGUUUCCAUUUUGGUGGGAACCUGUAUUUCUGCAAGCGACAAAUUGCUAGCGCACUGCUAAAGAUUUCCAACCUGAAGGAUUGGAGUGGACGCAGUGCGACGACUCUUUUAUACCCCUUCAUUGUUUUUCUUUCUUAGACUGAACUCUAAUUUUUAAUGUUAUUGGAUUGUCUGCAAAAUAUUGAAUUUCAAUUGGCUUGAAGAUGAAUUCUUUCCUUUA